AUGAAACUAACUCAGACUAUACUAUCUUAGCAAAGACAACUUAAACCACUUUCUAUGCUUAACUUGCUUACUAAUCACUUCAAUGUAUUGUUACAUCUUCAAAUUAAUCUUUCAUUAGGCUGCAAUGGCCAAGGCAUAAAACAAUCACUGGGAAAGCAAGAGGACUCUACUUUUAAUCGAUUUAAUGCAGGAGUAUACGUACUUCCACACAUUCAAAAGAGACAUAAAGGUGGAGAAGAUGCAGCAGUGCUAACUGAUAGAGUGCUAGCAGUGGCUGACGGUGUCGGUGGCUGGGCUGAAAAUAAUGUUGACCCAGCCAAAUACUCAAGAAGACUUUGUCAAAACAUUGUAGACUUGGUAUUCAAGAAUGAUGACAGAUACAAAGUCAAUCCAAAGGAGCUAUUAACCGAUGCAGUCUAUGAUAACAAAGAAGUUGGAAGCUGCACUUGUGUGAUUGCAAUUCUAGAUGAAGAAAAGCCUUAUAUCUACACUGCUAAUUUGGGAGAUUCAGGUUUCCUCAUUCUCAGAAAGGAGGGAUUAGACUUAAUAUCUAGAUUCAGAUCAAAGGAGCAGCAACAUAGCUUUAAUUUUCCCUUUUAAGUAGGCACCGGUGGAGACGAUCCAAACAAAGCUGAUGGUGAGAUUCAUGAAAUCUAAAAUGGAGAUAUAAUCAUCCUUGCGAGUGAUGGACUCUGGGACAAUAUGUACGAUGUAAAAAUAGUCGACAUUGUGAGACCUUUCAUCAGGGAUUAGGAUGAACUGGCUGACCCAGAACUAGUAGCAGAACUCAUUGCAACCCAGGCUGAAAAGUUCUCAAACUAAUAAAACUACUUCUCGCCAUUUGCCAAAGGUGCUAGAGACAAUUUUUACGAUUUCAAUGGCGGAAAGCCAGAUGAUAUUACAGUUAUUGUAGGAUAAGUCAUUCUCAGAGAUAGCAAAAAGAUUUGA